AUGUCCGACCAAGCACCCACUUCCCGCUUUACUCCAUCGAGCCAAACGACGAGCGAGCGAUUGACGACCAACACCGUUGGUCUGGUCGCCCUCUCGGAUUUCCGCAAACGUCGCGCCGAGGUCCUCGAGCAGCAGGAGCGCGAGGCCCGCGAGAAGAGCAAAGCCUCGACCCCCGUCGACGCCGGCACCCCCGCCAACGUUAGCGAGGCUAGCGACGCCGACCUCACCCAGCAGCAGAGCAAGAAGAGCAGGAAAAAGCAGAAGCGGGCAAAGAUUGGCGGCUUGUCGUUUGCCGACGACGAAGUGGACGAGGAGGGAGAUGGAGCCGACGCAGGCAUCAACAAGAAGACGCCAGCUCCAAAAUCAAGCACAAUACAGGGUAGCGGUGCAGCAACCAAGUCUAGCACAACCCCAAAAGUCAAACUCGCCCCCAAUGCCUCAGUCGCCGUCGUCCCGCGCGCACCGAUAAAACCCGCCGAGCGCGAUGCGUUACGAGCCGAGUUCCUGGCGCUGCAGGCAGCCGUCAAGGCCACCGAGAUCGCCAUUCCUUUUGUCUUCUACGACGGCACUAACCUUCCUGGCGGCAUGGUCACGGUGAAAAAGGGCGACUUUGUUUGGGUGUUUCUCGACAAGAGCAGAAAGGUCGGCGCAAGACACAAAUCCCGUCGGGACUGGGCAAGAGUGGGCGUUGAUGAUCUGAUGAUGGUCCGGGGUACCGUCAUCAUCCCGCACCACUACGAGUUUUACUUUUUCGCCAUCAACAAGACGGUCGGCCCCGGUGGAAAGCUUCUGUUCAACUACAGUGCUGAGGCACCCAAGGGAGAGCAGCAGCAACAGCCCAAGGGUGGGGAGCUUGUCAAGACCGAGGUGGAUAUCAAGACUCUCGAAGGCCACGACGACGACCCCAACCUGACCAAGGUCAUCGACCGGCGGUGGUACGAGAAGAACAAGCACAUCUACCCUGCCACCCUCUGGCAAGAGUUUGACCCGGACCGCGACUAUCGGAAUGAGUUCCGCCGUGAUACGGAUGGAAAUACCUUUUUCUACUCGAAAUGA